AUGGAAACAAAAUCCCAUGAGCAGCUUCACAUUUUCUUCUUUCCAUAUAUGGCUCAAGGCCAUAGCAUACCUCUCAUAGACAUGGCCAAAAUAUUUGCUUCUCAUGGUGUAAAAUCCACCCUAAUAACCACUCCUCUCAAUGCACCACUUUUCUCAAAAGCAAUCCAAAGCAGCAAAGAAUUGGGGUUCAAAAUUGAGCUUAUUGUCAUCAGAUUCCCAACUGAAGAAGUUGGGCUGCCUCCGGGAUGUGAAAGCUCUAACUUGGCUACAACCAAUGAGAUGAAGCAAAAGUUCUUCAGAGCUACCACCCUUCUCCAGCCACAGCUUGAGCAUAUUUUGGACCAACAGCGCCCUCACUGCCUCCUUGCAGACACUUUAUUUCCUUGGGCCACAGAUGUUGCUGCCAAGUUUGGUAUUCCAAGGCUCAUAUUUCAUGGCACUGGUUUCUUCCCUUUAUGUGCUACACUUAGUGUGAUAUUGUAUGAGCCUCACUUGAAGGUUUCAUCUGAUUCAGAAGUUUUUACUCUUCCUAAUUUCCCAGUUGAGAUCAAGCUGACAGGAAGCCAAAUACCGGCUUUUCUCAAGAAAAAGGUUGAAACAGAAUUCACCCAAGUUGUUUGCAGCAUCCAAAGCCUGAAGGUGUUUGGGAGGAAGGCAUGGCAUAUAGGCCCGGUUUCCUUAUGUAACAAGGCAGCAUUGGAUAAAGCUGAGAUGAGGGGAUUGGAAGCCUCCCUUGAUGAACAUGAGUGCUUGAAUUGGCUCAAUACUAAGACACCCAAUUCAGUUGUUUACAUAUGUUUUGGAAGCCUGACCAAUUUCAGUGAUCCUCAGCUCCUUGAAAUUGCAUUGGGGCUUAAGGCUUCUGGGAAGGAAUUCAUUUGGGUUGUGAGGAGAGAAAAGAAAGAAAAGGAAGAGUGGUUGCCUGAAGGGUUUGAACAGAGAAUGGAAGGUAAGGGACUAAUUAUAAGAGGUUGGGCUCCACAAGUGCUGAUUCUUGAGCAUGAAGCAAUUGGAGGCUUUGUGACUCACUGUGGGUGGAACUCUAUCCUUGAAGGAGUGUCUUCUGGGGUGCCAAUGAUAACAUGGCCCGUGUCUGCCGAGCAGUUUUACAAUGAGAAGUUGGUGACUGAGAUACUGAGAAUUGGGGAUGUGAAGAAGGAAGCAAGUGUGAAGAGGGACGCCAUAGAGAAGGCUGUGGCUCAAGUCAUGGUGGGUGAUGAAGCAGAGGGAAUGAGAAGCAGAGCAAGGGCACUUGGGGAGAUGGCAAGAAGGGCUGUUGAAGAAGGUGGUUCAUCUUUCUCAGAUUUAACUGCUCUAAUUGAAGAGUUGAGAUCCCUUUGA